GAGAUGGAAAGAUCCUUGCUAAUAGUAGGAAAAGAAAUGUUGGUAUCUUGGUCAAAUCGAGAAUGGACGGAUAUACUAAGGGAGCGCAUCAUGAAAAAGAAAUAUUAGAAAACAUUACUUCGUCGACAAUGAAAAUAUUUCAUAUCGAGGCAGG